AUGGCUUCAUUCAUUCGUUGGUACAACGCCAGGUUGGCUGCGCGCCCACUGCUUACUCAGAGUGUAACCACUGCAUUCCUCUUUGCUACAGGUGAUGUUACAGCUCAGCAGCUCGUCGAGAAGAAGGGUGUUCAGAAGCAUGACAUGGUUCGAACAGGCCGUAUGGCUCUCUACGGUGGCUUUGUUUUCGGCCCUGUCGCUACUACUUGGUUUGCCUUCCUUGCUCGAAGGGUCAACGUGCCGAACAAGAAGGCCGAAGUCCUCACCCGUGUCGCUUGCGACCAGCUUGGCUUUGCGCCUGUCAUGAUCGGUGUCUUUCUUGGUAGCAUGGCCACCAUGGAAGGCAAGAGUGCGAAGGAGCGCAUCGACAAGACAUGGUGGCCUGCUUUGAAGGCAAACUGGAUGCUCUGGCCUGCUGUCCAGGUCAUCAACUUCUCGCUCAUUCCCUUGCAGUAUCGUCUUUUCUUUGCCAACAUCAUCGCGAUUGGCUGGAACUCAUACUUGAGCUGGGUCAACUCCCAAUAA